GUAGUCCAGCAGUGUCUGUUAAUUGUAAUGUCAUUUCAAGCGUAGCGUCCGUGGCGUGUAUAGUUUUCUAUUUAAAUCGUCGAGUUCUCGUUAACAAACUUGUGAAUAAACUUCGAAAGUAUUAUACUAAAAGUCUACGGUCAAACCGAAGCAAAAACAAUGGAAUUUAUGGACAUGAAUGACGACUGCCAGGAGCAUGUUUUUCGAUUUCUCGAUUUGACGUCAGUAUGCACCAUUUCUGACACAUGUAGGCAACUAAGACGAAUUGCAGAAAGAAUUUUCAAAAGACACCGGUUCUACAAAUGCCAAAUAGGCAACGAAGUGAACGUGAAGGUGUCAUCUAAAAUAAUACGGAAGAUUGGACAAUACCUGAGAAGCCUUCAUUUGGAAUUUUACCCCAUCGAUCCCGAAGUGUACGCGGCAAAUGGCAUUGGAUGCAGAUUUUUGUCAUUGUUGAAUGUUUCGCUUGGACAGCAAUUUUGUGAACUUAAGCUGAGUGGUGGUGAGAUAUCGUCUUUUCCAAUUUUGAGACUGGCACCAACUUUUUUGAAACUACAAAAACUGUCUAUUUACUGUGAAGACAGUGACGACAAUUCAUUCGCAAACGAUUACGCUGCAUCGUUUAUUGAUUUACCACAAUUAUGUCCCAAUUUACGAGUCCUAAGCAUCGAAAAUUGUGCCCUAAUAUUUGCACCGAAUCCGAACAAGUCAUUCCGACAUUUGGAAGCUUUGGAGUUUCAUUCAUUUGGCAAAUACUAUCCAAUCGCUUUACUUGAAUGCUUUCUCAGACAGAAUAAGCAAUUGAGACGACUCUACGUUGACACCAUCGUUUAUGACGAUAGCUCGACGUACAUCGAUUUGGCAAUUGUGGCUAACAAUUUGAGAGGUUUAGAAGAACUGCGAAUAAGAACCAAUGUAUUCGAUAACUGUGUGCAGGCAAUAAGAGACUUUAGCGGAAUGCAUCAUCUGACUACGCUGGCGUUUUCGGAGUAUUUGGAAACAGUUUAUGAACUGAAUGAUAUUUUGGACGUUUUGAAAACGAUGAAACAAUUGAAGAAAAUUUUGAUUGGCUGGUGCUUUCCUGAUGAAAUUCCCAACCAACAAGCGAUCAUUAAUAUCGCCAACGAAUUGAAACAACUCGAAACAUUUCACGUCGAUCUGCAAUGUGACGAAAAUACGAUUAUUGAAUGCGUACGGUUCGGACGUAGUCUGAAACGAUUUUGCGUCGCAUUCAGAUCAGAUCGAGUCGUCACCACAACAUUCAUCGAGCAUUUGGCCAAAAUGCGUGAAUCCGUCGGAAUUUAUCAUCCGCUUUUAUUGUACUUUACUGGUGUUAAAUUGACUGGAGACGUUUCGAAGGUUAUCAAAGCGCCAGACGUCGCACGACAUCUGAAGUGGAAAGUCAUGCGUAACGCUAGCUUCGACCUUUUCGAACGAUUCUCAAAGUAAUUAUCGUUUAACUUGUCAAAUUUUGAUCGAAUUCACCAACUUUGUCACUUUGAAUUUAAUAAAGAAUUGAAUUA